CCUCAACAUCUCGUCCUAACACUCCCUUCCUCACCUCACCUCUCUCAUUUACGACGCGCAAAAGCCCUGCAACUAUGGCCGAAGCAGCAAUCAGCCAAGGCUCGCUCAGGGCGAUAUUCGAGCGAGGCAUCGAGGCGGCGCCCAGUCCGGUCAUGCAAUGCGUUCAGAUCAAACCGAUGGACUCAAAGACUGGCGGGGAUCCUCAGCGAUACCGUGUUGUGCUGAGCGACAUCCAGAACUUCAUUCAGACUAUGCUGGCAGCACCGCUGGCGCCCUUGGUAACUGAAGGGACACUCAAGAAGGGCUCUAUCGUGAGAUUGAAGUCGUUCCAACCCCAGGCAGUGAAAGGACGACAGAUUCUGAUACUUGUCGAUGUGGAAGUGCUGGAAGAAUAUGGCGAACUUGAGAAGCUCGGAAUGCCAGUCCAGCUGGAAACCACAGAGCCUGUGGACCAGAAGCCACAACCCGCAGCUAUCUCCGGCAACAAUUUCUACGGAAACCAAUCGAACGGUAACAGCAAGCCGGCCCCACAAAGCCGAUCUCUACCAUCCCAUCCACAAUCCAACUCCGGAGACGCCAGCUUGUAUCCGAUCGAAGCUCUCUCGCCGUACGCACACAAAUGGACUAUCAAAGCGAGAUGUACACAAAAAGGAGAGAUGAAGACGUGGCAGAACAAGAACGGAGAGGGCAAGCUGUUCAGCGUGAACUUGCUGGAUGAGUCUUCAGAGAUUCGGGGGACCGCUUUCAAGGAGAUAGCCGAUGAUCUUUACGAUGUGUUCCAAGUAGGAAUGGUUUACUUCAUCUCAAACUGCAAAGUAGUCUUUGCGAAGAAGCAGUUCUCAAAUCUGCCUAACGAUUAUGAGCUACAUUUUGAGAGGGACUCGACGGUAGAGAAGGCCGAUGACCAAGAGGGUGCUCCAAAAGUGCGGUACAAUUUCACCAAAAUUGGAUCCCUAGACGCGGUGGAGAAGGAUAGCACGAUCGAUACCGUCGGUGUACUCAAGAGCGUUGGAGAUGUGGAGGAGAUCAUCGGCAAAAACAGCAAUAGGCCCUUCUCGAAGCGCGAGUUAACGUUGGCCGAUGACACUCUCACAUCUGUUCGACUCACAAUCUGGGGUAACUUGGCGAUGACUUUCGACGCUCCGUUAGAGUCUGUCAUUGCCUUCAAAGGUGUCAAGGUUUCCGAAUUUGGUGGUCGGAGUUUAAGCUUGUUGAGUUCUGGAUCCAUGGACGUCGAUCCCGAUAUCGAUGAAGCACACAAGCUGAAAGGAUGGUAUGACGCCGAAGGUCGACAGGGGAAUUACACUAGCCAUGCAGGCUUGGCUGGGAACACCGGCGGCAGAAAGCAAGAGUACAAGACUGUCCAGCAAGUCAAGGACGAAGAGGCUGGCUUAGGCGAGGACACUGUUUACUUCAACCUCAAGGCCUCGGUUGUCUACGUGAAGCCGGACACAUUCGCCUACCCUGCCUGCUCAAACGACGUCGAUGGUAGGCCGUGCAACAAGAAAGUUGUUGAAGACAACCCCGGAGAGUGGCGUUGCGAGAGGUGCUCGAUCGCACAUCCACGUCCGACGUACAGAUACAUCAUGUCUGUCAAUGUCAGCGACUACACCGGUCAACUCUGGCUAAGCCUGUUUGACAAAGAGGGAGCGGUGGUGAUGAAUAUGACUGCAAAUCAGUUGACUGAGAUGAAAGCGAGCGACGAGGAGCAGGGCACCACGAUGAGCCAGGACGCGUUUCUGGAAGCUACUUGCAGGACAUACGACUUCCGUAUCAGAGCAAAAAUGGACACGUUCCAAGACACCCCAAGGGUCCGGUAUGGAGUGCAAUUCAUCAACCCACUCGACUUCAAGCGAGAGUGCGCUCGUCUAAUUGAGACUUUGAAAAAGUACGAUAUCAAGUCAGAGGAUAGCCUUUUCGUCCACUAGCGAACGACUAUGGCACCAAAAUCGAUCUGACACCCAGUCCUUGCGAAACUCAUGCUCACGAGGACAACGGCAAAUUGACACCGUAUCAGGGGGGCACCGCAUGCAAGUAUGCAGCACUCCGAACCCCCCCUCCUUCAAACUCGACUAUCCCGGACACUUGAUCUCGUUAUUCAUGCCCCGCGCUGGC